AUGUGUGGCUAUAGGCGUGCACCUGAACGUAAAACGAGCCUCGGGAAGAAAGUGAAGGACAUUGUCCUGAAAAUCAUAGAUAGACACCAGCAGAAGGGCGACAGGAAAACGACUGACGACCAAGAUACCCAGGACCCAGAGGAAAACGCUGAUGCAAUCGGCAAGGCGUUGAUGGCUGGUAUGCAGGAGGGCGAAUUUAAUAGGCCGGUUGGUCCACGGAAUACAUACGUCAAAGGGAUUGGCCCGUCAUCUUGGGACAAGGGAACACACAAAAAGAGGCCGUGGGAGGAGCUGAGGCCUCGUUUUGGAAACAGCUUGAUGGACGGCGUCGACGAGGUUGUUGCCAAGGAAUCUCUAUCGACACUCGGAGUAUCUGGACCCUACGAAGAACUGUUGUUCCCAAGCGCCAUCAAACUAAAGACACGAUGUUUCACCGACGGUCGGGGUGCCCUUAGCAAGCCUCUUAAUAGGCCGCCCCUGUGCACCUGCUUGGAAUGUUGCAAGUUUACAUGCCUUGUCCACUAUUAUGUAGCAGAUCUGAGCCUCAUGAUGUGCAGCAGCCAGAUGUGGAGGGCCGUAUGCGUUAUGUGGGUGCGUUUGCUCUCUUGCAACUGGCUCUUAACAGGGAGAAGACGGUGCGAGUGCUCCGAAAGCCACACCACCGUGCUGGGCGUCGACGUAGAUUGCUGGUCUGGGGCGACGUCUAAAGAUUCCGCGCAUGGGCUUUUUUAA